AAUACAAUUUGUUUACAUACAUGAAGCUUGGGGGAAGGACAGAAUGUUGAUGUCUGUGGUCCGACCGUCCGAGUUCAGUGCAUCUUUAAACAUAACAAAAAGUUAACAUGGCUAAAAGAUGCAUUUUGAAAUGCUUGAAAGACUUACAUGCUCCCAUUGUUCUGUCAAAUGGGCAAAACUGCAUCAUUGGACGCUCAAGAGAAACAAAAAUAAAAGACAAGAGAUGUUCUAAGAAUCAAGUUGAACUGCUAGCAGAUUAUAGUACAUAUACAGUCACUGUCAGACAAAUUGGGGCCAAUACUUCAGGUGUUAAUGGUAAACCACUUCAUUUUGGCAAUACAUCAGUUCUCAAGCAUAGAGACAUUCUAGAAGUUCUUUUAGGGCAGUACCAGCAUAUCAUAGAAUUUGAACCUCCACCUGUAAGUUCAGUGCUUAAAAGUGAAAGACUUUCUGGAGAAGACAUGCCACGUCGUGCUGGGACCAAACGGAAUAGUGAAGACAACAUGGGUGAUUCUUCAAAGAAAGCUCGGGGAAAUGGGGCUGUAGGAGCCAAUGGAUGGGAAUCAUUAUAUGAUGAUUCAUUGUUAGUCUUAAACAGAGAUAUGGAAGGUAGUUCAAAGGUUGCUGGAUAUGAUAUGGAUGGCACUUUGAUAACUACAAAAUCUGGCAGGGUUUUUGCUGUCAAUACAGACGACUGGAAGAUCAUUUUUCCAGAGGUACCAGGAAAGCUGAAACAGCUUCAUAAAGAAGGAUAUAAAUUAAUCAUCUUCACAAAUCAAGCAGGGAUCGCUUCAGGAAAAAGCACAGCUUCAGACAUACAGAAGAAAAUCAGCAACAUCAUAUCCACUCUAGGAGUUCCAAUGCAGGCUUUAGUGUCCACAGGAAAAGGUCCAUAUAGGAAGCCAGCUACUGGAAUGUGGGAAUUUUUGAAAAAGGAGGCAAAUGGAGGAAUUGAAAUUGACGUACAAAACAGCAUGUAUGUGGGAGAUGCAGCUGGGAGACCUGCUGAAGGGAAGAAGAAGAAAGACUUUUCCUCUGGUGACCGCCUAUUUGCACUGAACAUUGGUAUUCCCUUCUUUACACCAGAAGAACAUUUCCUAGGAGUGAAAACUCAGAAGUUCAACAUGCCUGAGUUUGAUCCUCGUACUGUAAGUGAUUCAGUGUCAUUAUUUGAUCCUCCAUCCACCAAAGUGCCUAAACAUGAAUUGGAGGUUAUAGUUUUUGUUGGGUACCCUGGGAGUGGUAAGAGCUUUUUGGCAUCAACACACUUUGCUGCUGCAGGGUAUGUUCAAGCUAAUCGUGAUACUGUUGGGUCUUGGCAGAAAUGUAUCAGCAUAAUGGAAAAAUCUUUACAGGAAGGAAAAAAUGUUGUCAUAGACAACACAAAUCCUGAUGUAGAAAGUCGGCAGCGAUACAUCUUAGCUGCAAAGAAACUGAAGGUUCCUGUCAGAUGCUUUGUGUUCAAUGUAUCAAAGGAUCACUGUAGACAUAAUAAUAAGUAUCGGACCUUCAGUGGGGCAAACCAUGAGAGCAUCAGUGACAUGGUCUACAACAUGUAUAAAUCAAAGUAUGUUGAACCAACAUUGAAAGAAGGCUUUGAUGACAUUGUGAAGGUCAAUUUUGUUCCCAGCUUCAGGACAACCAAAGAUGAAGAAAUGUACAAGAUGUUUUUAUUGGAAAAAUAACUACAAGAUCUACUGUCUGAAAAGUAAAUGACUCAGACUAACAUAUAUUUACAAUUUACCCAUAAAUAGUAAUUUCUUAAAACCAAAUAUUUCUUAAAUAGGACAAAACGCCAUCUUAGACAGCAACAGUGCCUCCUCAAAAAUGCAAACUACUGUGAAAACCUUAUAACUUGAAUAAAUAUAUUACGAAAAUA